AGAAGGGAGUCUUUUUCUCUUUCCUUUUCCAACACACAGCAACAGCAGCAGUCCUAAACAGUUUUUUUUUCUUUUCCCAGCAUUAAGGCUACAUGAAAACAGACGCUUGGAAAUGACUAGCAGUGCUACGGAUUUCAAGUCUUCUUGUGGUAAAGUGUUACGGUUUCUUCGAAGUCUGAGUCGUAAGAAACCACUGGUGCCAGAAGGUGAGGAGUCCAGUUUCUGCCGAUGCCUGACCACCCUGGACCUGGUGGGCCUGGGUGUCGGCAGCACACUUGGAGCUGGGGUUUACGUUCUCUCAGGAGAGGUGGCAAGGGAAGUUGCUGGUCCCAGUAUCAUCAUCUCCUUCCUGGUAGCGGCAGUGGCUUCAGUCUUUGCAGGGUUGUGCUACGCUGAGUUUGGAGCUCGUGUCCCUAAGACAGGCUCGGCCUACCUUUAUAGCUACGUGGCUGUAGGAGAAGUUUGGGCAUUUGUGACUGGCUGGAAUCUGCUGCUGUCCUAUGUCAUUGGAACAUCUAGUGUAGCGAAAGCCUGGACCGGGACUUUUGAUGACCUGAUACAUAAUGUUAUUGCUGAAACUCUGAGAAAACAUUCACCAAUGGACUCACCUGGCUUGGCUCCAUACCCAGACUUCUUUGCUGCUGGGCUAAUUAUGUUGCUAGCUGUGAUACUUGCAUUUGGUAUGAAAGAGUCUGCUAUCGUGAAUACUGUUUUUACUGCGGUCAAUGUGGCUGUGCUAGUUUUUAUCAUCAUCUCUGGCUUUAUAAAAGGAGACAUCAACAACUGGCGAAUCAGUGAGGAAACUAUUCUCAAUGGAACUCACCAAGUGGAGAACCUUACAGUGGCCUACAAUGAAACGAGUGACUUCGGCAUUGGCGGGUUCUUUCCCUAUGGUUUUGAUGGAACUUUGGCAGGAGCAGCAACAUGUUUUUAUGCUUUUGUUGGAUUUGACUGCAUUGCUACAACUGGUGAGGAGGUGAAGAACCCACAGAAAGCUAUUCCUCUUGGGAUUGUGGUGUCCCUGCUUAUCUGCUUCUUGGCCUAUUUUGGUGUGUCAGCUGCCCUAACACUUAUGAUGCCCUACUAUCUGCUCGAUACCCACAGUCCACUACCUGUGGCCUUUGAGUACAUUGGCUGGGAACCAGCUAAGUAUGCUGUGGCUGUAGGAUCCCUCUGUGCACUUUCAACAAGUCUUCUUGGAGUGAUGUUUCCAAUGCCAAGGGUGAUCUUUGCCAUGGCCAGAGAUGGGCUCCUCUUCAAGAGACUCAGCUACAUGAGCUCCAGGCAAAGUCCUGUCUUAGCCACACUGUCCUCGGGAGCUGUGGCUGCUUUCAUGGUCCUAUUAUUUGACCUAAAGGCACUGGUAGACAUGAGUUCUAUUGGGACCAUCUUUGCAUACACCCUUGUUGCAGUGUGUAUUCUCAAAUUGAGGUACAUAGAUGAUGAUUUUGUCUACAGCCCAGAACCCUUCAUGAUAAUGGAACUUCUCAAGCCUCCAUCUCGGUCCACCCGCCGCACCGCUAAAAUUGUCAACACAGUCAUCAUCAUUAUAUUGUUCCUGGUGAUCAUUCUGAGUGUUCUGCUGUCCGAGGCAGUGCACUCCCUCCGCAGACGGGAGUUGUGGAGUGUGCUGCUCAUCGCUGUCCUCGUGCUGACGCUUGUCCUCGCCAUCAUUAUCAUCUGGAGACAGCCACAGAGCACGACUAAACCUGCUUUCAUGGUUCCUGGUGUUCCUGUAAUUCCAGUUUUAAGUAUUUUCAUCAAUACCUACCUGAUGGUUCAACUGGAUGGAGAAACUUGGAUUAGCUAUGCUGUUUGGAUGGCAAUUGGAAUGAUCAUAUAUUUUGCCUACGGGGUUCGUUACAGUGUUCAAAAACAGCGGCUCAGGGAGGCUCGCACAGGGAUGAAUGGUGCUAAUGUAAAUGUUCCCGAUUCUGCUGCUUGAUGCUCCGUAUUGAUUUAUAACCACUGUUUAAGAUGAUCAAGGAAUCACCUUGAGAUACUUUUUAGUAUUUUAUUCAGAAUCUAGCCAGAGUUUGACUGACCUGUUAUUAGUCUGAUGCCUCAAGUGAUGCAUAUUUUUUAUUCCUGAAAAUAUCUGUGGCUAUGCUACAAUAUAAAUAUUCAAUUUUUCAUUUUAUAAAUUGUGACUUAUAAGUCAUUCAAGGUUGUGCAAUCUUGGAUAUUAUUAUUUUGUCAGUAUCUGACAAUGACAAAACUUUAAAAAAAAUUGUUGUGGAAUAAAUUAAAUC